AUGUCUACAUUGUACACCCGGUUCACCGAUUUCAUUGUGAAGCAAGCUAACGGUAAAUUAGUAGAAACUUAAUUGUGACUUUUAGGUCCUUGCCAGAUAAGUUUAAUUGCCCAGUUUAGAUCGCCUAAAAUGGUCGAUCCCUUUGAAAAAAAACUCGGUCGUACAGCCGAUUUCACCAAGGACGUGCGAUUGAUUGAUUUUGGAUUGAUUGCCCGUUGUAUGGAGGCCCGGGGAAUGCAGUAG